UCCAGACGCCGCCGUGAACGGGGCACCGACCAAAUCAGACAACAAAAGAAAAGUCAAAGAUGGAAACUUUCACUUAUGCUUUUUAACAAGUUCCUGUAGUAAACAACCUGUGAAGACUGUAAGAAGAACAACAACACGAAUCAAGUAAUCGAGAGUUUGAUUUUGACUUAAGACAAAGAUAGAGAGAGAGAGAGAUGGAGUUUAAGGAGUUAAAAGAAGCAAUAGAGGAAGUAGAGCUCGUCGAUGGUCACGCACACAACAUUGUCUCUCUUGACUCGUCUUUCCCGUUCAUCGGAACUUUCUCCGAGGCUAACGGCGACGCCUUGACCUUCGCUCCUCAUUCUCUUUCCUUCAAGAGGAACUUGAGGGAGAUUGCUCAACUUUAUGGCACUCAAGUAUCUUUAGAAGCGAUUGAGGAACAUCGUAAGACCACGGGUUUGGAGUCUUUUACUACCAAGUGUUUUCAAGAAGCUCGAAUCUCUGCUCUGCUCAUUGAUGAUGGAUUGAAGCUUGACAAGAAACAUGACAUUGAAUGGCAUAGAAACUUUGUUCCUUUUGUUGGUCGAGUCUUGCGUAUCGAAACUCUUGCUGAGCAAAUCCUCGAUGAGGAGAGUCCUCCUGAUGCUUCGUCUACUUGGAGUUUGGAUUCUUUCACUAGAGCCUUUGUUGAAAGAUUAAAUGCGCUUGUUCCAGAGAUUGUUGCUUUAAAAACUAUUGCUGCUUAUCGUAGCGGUUUGGAUAUUGAUACUCAUGUGAGUAAAGAAGUUGCUGAGAAAGGCCUCGCUGAAGUCUUGCAAGCUGGAUGUCCUGUACGCAUAGGAAACAAAGGCUUGAUUGAUUACAUUGUUACUUGUAGUUUGGAGUUAGCUGCACGUUACGACUUGCCCUUGCAGAUUCACACAGGUUUUGGUGACAGGGAUUUGGAUUUGAGGUUGUCCAACCCUCUUCACCUUAGAACCCUUCUUGAAGACAAAAGAUUUGCAAAGUGUCGUAUAGUUCUUCUUCAUGCAUCUUAUCCAUUCUCAAAGGAAGCAUCGUUUCUGUCUUCAGUUUAUCCUCAGGUUUACCUUGAUUUCGGGUUGGCGGUUCCAAAGCUUAGUGUCCAUGGUAUGGUGUCUUCAGUUAAAGAGCUCCUUGACUUAGCGCCAACGAAGAAGGUUAUGUUCAGCACUGAUGGGUAUGCAUCUCCUGAGACCUACUAUUUAGGUGCAAAGAAGGCACGAGAGGUCAUCUUCUUAGUUCUGCGUGAUGCUUGUGCCAGUGGUGAUCUCUCACUCAUGGAAGCUAUUGAUGCAGCUAAAGAUAUUUUUUCAAGAAAUUCGAUUGAAUUUUAUAAGCUUGAUUUAAAGACAAAAUCUUCUAGUCCACAAAGUAUAAUAUCUACCAAAUUAGAGAUGAAGGAGCCUGAUGUUCAAGAAGAUACACAUCGUUUUAACAGUAGCGUGAAGAAGAACGGCGUUGGUCUGACUGUUGUAACAAUGGGGAUGACUUCAUUUGCUGAUGGACCAGCAGAAGGGUCUAAUUUGACGGGUGUGGGUGAGAUUAGACUGGUUCCGGAUCUAUCAACCAAGCAUACAAUACCUUGGACAAAGCAAGAGAGCAUGGUUUUAGGUGACAUGUACUUAAAGCCUGGUGAAGCAUGGGAAUACUGUCCAAGAGAGACCUUAAGAAGGGUCACAAAAGUUCUCAAAGAUGAAUUUGAUUUGGUAAUGAACGCUGGUUUUGAGAAUGAGUUUUAUCUCCUCAAGAAUGUUGUGCGGGAAGGGAAAGAAGAGUAUGUGCCUUUUGACUUUGGUCCGUACUGUUCUGCAUCCUCAUUCGAUGCUGCAGCUCCUAUUUUCCAUGAUAUUGUACCUGCACUCGAGUCCUUGAACAUCACAGUUGAACAGUUUCAUGCUGAAUCCGGGAAAGGUCAGUUUGAACUAUCUCUCGGUCACACUGUUGCAUCUCAUGCUGCCGACAAUUUGGUUUAUACACGUGAAGUUGUAAGAUCGGUAGCAAGGAAACAUGGAUUGCUUGCGACCUUUGUUCCAAAGUAUGAUUUAUGUGACAUUGGUUCUGGGUCACAUGUACAUCUGAGUCUUUGGAAAAACGGCAAAAAUGUCUUCCCGGCAUCUGAUAAGUCAUCUGCUCUUGGAAUUUCCUCCGUUGGAGAAGAGUUCAUGGCUGGAGUUCUGUUUCACCUUCCUUCAAUUGUAGCAAUUAUAGCUCCACUCCCAAACAGCUAUGAUCGACUCCAACCUAAUACAUGGAGUGGAGCAUUCCAAUGCUGGGGCAAGGAAAACCGUGAAGCGGCUAUAAGAACAGCUUCUCCACCAGGAACUCCUGAUGGAAUAUUUACAAACUUUGAGAUCAAGACUUUUGAUGGCUCUGCAAAUCCUCACUUUGGUUUGGCUGCUAUAAUGGCUGCCGGUAUUGAUGGUCUCCGACGACAUCUCAAACUACCUAUUGGAAUAGAUGUAAAUCCGGCAGAUGUUGCUGCCACAUUGAGCAGGCUUCCAGAAUCGCUCUCAGAAGCUGUUGAAGCUCUGGACAAAGAUGAAGUUCUCCACGAACUGCUCGGACAAAAGCUUGUAGUUGCCAUAAAAGCAGUCCGUAAGUCUGAGGCCGAGUAUUAUUCCAAGAAUCCAGAUGCAUAUAAGCAACUCAUUCACCGAUACUAAUCCUUUGCGCCUCGGAGUAAUAUGAUUGUUCCAUCAUUUACUCUUUUAUUGUGGACUUUUUGUCACAUGAAGAGAACUAGUAUUGAAGUUUCACUUGAACGGAGUAUCUGACUACUGUAUAUGCAAACCACAAACGUGACAUAAAGAUGUGGAUCAGAAAAUAAAUAAACUAUAUUUCAUAUUUCGAGACGCAUGCUUUAGUAUUUCUUA